AUGGUGAAAAUCGACACCAAGGGCGAAACCCUUUUCGGGGCAGAUAAAGACCACAUGGGCCUAUGCGACAUAGACGAGGGCGAGCCACUGUACGGUAGAGUGGUCGAGUUCUUCUCUGCCUUUGUCCAGCAGGCACCCAAGGCAGUCGAGGUCGCCCUUCGUCCGGCGGCCGCACAGACGGUCCGAUACGCAAACGCAAAUUUGAGAACAAGAAGCAGCGUCAGCUCGUUCGCUAUGAAGUCGUCGGGACAAAACGAGCCUGCGAUCUAUACUCCUGAGAGCACGCUGAGCAACGUCACCAGCCAGGCCCCUCUGGACCUAGAGACGGGCGCGGGCGAGAUACUGGAGCAGCAGGUACGACUCCCGUUCUCGCACACCGGGUCCGUCACGAGGAACAGAAACUUCUACGGCAGAAUAGCCGAACUUGAGGCCAUAGACUGUGCGUUUGGCUUGACGCCCCGUCCAGCACAAGAAGAAGACGAAGAGGCAGAGGGUUUUGCCACGCCAAAGACAUAUGCCCUGAGCGGCAUGGCGGGCAUUGGAAAGACAGAAAUUGCCAUCGAGUAUCUGUAUUCGCGACGCGAUCGCUUCGAUGCCGUCAUCUGGCUCUAUGCCGACACGGCGCAGAAGAUGGGGGCUCAGUUUUCGGUGCUGGCCAAGGAGCUAAGUCACGUGCCAGUGCCAGACAGCGUGGACGACGUAUCGGCGCGAGACAUUGUCCGAGGCUGGUUGGCCGCACCAGCAGGUCAUCGCAACGAGCACGGCCAGGCAGUGCAGGCGGAUGUGGGCACAUGGCUUAUGGUGCUUGACAAUGCGGAGCAGCCGGAUGUGCUGUACGAGUGGCUGCCCGACCAGGGACCGGGCUGCAUCCUAGUGACGAGCCGGAUCCCGUAUGUGAAGGAGGGUGCGUACCGGCUGCAGCGCGGCCAGCACCUCGAGCCGUUUGCGCCGUCGGUCGGCGGCCUCAUGUUGAGCGAGCUGUCCGGACGAGGGGGGGAGGCGGGCGCGGUCGACGCCAGCAGGCGCAUCUCGGACGUGCUGGGCGGCGUGCCACAGGCGCUGUUUCUGAUGAGCGCCUGCAUUCGGGAGCACCAGCUGACGCUGGCCGACUUUGAGCAGUGGUAUGAGCAUGAUCCCGGCCAGCUGCACGGCUUCCGGGCGUCGAUGGCGGGCCCACAAACGGCACACGGAUCCACGAUCGCGACGGCGUGGGCCAUCGAAAAGCUCGGAAAGUCAACCGUAGCGCUGCUCCGGCUGCUCUCCGUGCUGGACCCAGACCGGAUCUCGGAAUCCAUGCUGCGCGGCACCGAGACCGAGCCCGCCAGCGCCGAGCUGGACGUGCUGCCUCCCGACUACCCGCGACAGGCAGCCGGCUAUUUUGCCGCCCGGAGCGAGCUUCUGCGCGCGUCGCUGGUCGUGCGGAACAUGGCAACAGGCGAGCUGCGCGCACACCGGCUCGUGCUGGACGUGGUCCGCCUCCAGAUGGACCACAACAUGCUGUAUUCUACCUGCGCGGCCGCGGCCGUGCUGCUGUCGAGGGCCUGGCCAUACGUCUCGGGCACGGAUCCCGACCGCAACCAAGCCUGGCGGGUGCCCGAGGCUGAACGGUAUGCACCGCACAUCUGCCGGCUGGAGGCGCUCUUGGGCCAGGCUAUUCGCGACGGCAGAUACAACGGGACCGCCACCAUCGGUCGCCUCCUCUGCAGCUAUGGAUGGCACAUGACCGAGCGCGGCGCCCCUGCCCGGACGGAAGCGCUCUCGUCUCUUGCCCAGCGCAUUCUCCAAAAGGCCGUGGCCGGUGGCCGAGCCGGUGAUGAGGACGAAGACGAGGACGAGGAGCGAACCACACACUGGCUGGGCGAGGCACACCACAACCUGUCGCUCGCGGCUUGCCACACCGGCUCCUCUUCCGGGGCACGAGACGCAGAGAUAUGGCAGGACAUCUUGCGCGGUCGCAUCGCCAAGUACGGCCGGCCGGCCGACCAGCUCGCCCUGGCUACAGCACACAACCAGAUGGGUAUCUGCCUCGCCCGGCAGGACCGGUACGAGGAUGCCCUCCGCAGCUUCCAGCUAAGCCUGGCAGGCUUUCGCGCCUGCACGGAUCCUCCGCGCUUCAGCGGCACUUUUCCCGCUAUAUCAAUCUCCCUCCUCUGCCUGCUGCUGCGAAGACCCGGCCAGGCCGAGCACUACUUGAUGCCCACCCUUCUCGAGCACGAGCGGCAUCUCGGCCCGGACGACACCACCACUACAGAGUCGGGGCACAUCUGGCGUGCCAUGGGACACAUCCGCAGAGGACAGCACCGUUUUACCGAAGCCCUCCGGUACCACGAGCGCGCGCUCACCAACAUUCGCGCAAUCGUUGGCGACAAGCACCACUUCUCUGGUGACUCCUUCUACAGCGUUGCCGAGGAUCUGAUGCAGAUAGGCGAUCUGCCGGUAGCAAUACAGAACCUAGACUGUGCCAUCGAGGCGUUCACGGCCGGGCCGCACAGGGACGCGCAAGCCGCUCGCGCGUUAUGGACAAAGGGCCGUGCCCUCAGAAUGAUGGGCAACGAGCAGGACAGCGGACAGCUCUUCCGGGAAGCCAUAGAACGGAGACACAAGCUUGUCCCCGGCGACAGGCGUUCGAUAAAUGAGCUGUCGGACAACGACUGGACGAGUCUGGUCUUCUACUGGUCUCGCUGA